CUGGACUGUAGACGAUUACUAGAAGUUGUUGCUUCGUGUCUCUGCUUGGAGAAGACAUUGUAGGCAGCUGGUAUGGUGUGAAGGGGAAGACAUUGUGUGAAGGAUAAUUCAAGGGCACAAUCAUGGAGGAAAUGGACUUUGAGCAGCGCCGGGAGCUUAGGAGGCAGAAGCGGGAGGAGAUGCGCCUGGAGGCCGAAAGGUUGGCAAAGAAUGAUGAUGACGAAGAAGAGGCGGCUCGUGAGAGAAGGCGCAGGGCACGCCAGGAGAGGCUGAAGACCAGGGACGGCGAUGAGCCCAGUGGACAGCCAGACAGUCUGGUCAUGACCAAUAGCCACAGUGUGACAGAGACACUGUCUGUGAGCAGCUCUUGUGGAGGUGGUGGAGAUGACGAGGACCAAGCCCUGCUGGACCGCAUGGCCAAACGCGAGGAGAGACGGCAGAGGCGCAUGAAAGAGGCGCUGGAGAGACAGAGGCAGGGGGACCCCGCUGAGACAGAGGACAACGGCAGCGUCCCCAUGGAGAAAAACAAUGAUGAGGAGGAGAGGCCCUCAUCCUGUCGUAGGGGUCGUUACCGUGAUAACGAUGAGGAGGAAGAGGAGAAGACGUUCACGUACAGCUCCAGGAGAGAGGAGAAGCAGCGAGAGGAACCAAGAGAGGAAGAGGAGGCUGCUCCUGGGGGCGGACAGGAAGCAGAUGAGGGUGUGGAUGAAGAGGAGGAGCAGGAAGUGGAAGUGGUGGAGGACAAACCGAGAAGGUCUUACCUGAGGGAACAGGAAUCAGCUGAAGAGCCUAAAGCUCAAAACAAGGUGAAUGAGAGGGGCAGGGCCAGGGAGGAGAGGGAGGAGCAAAGGAAGCAGAACGGAGGGCUGCACGAGGACGAGGCUCCCAAACAACACAGGAAACCCGAGAGGACCCUGAGUCGCGGAAGUGUACGCUCCACUGAGGUGUCCGUGGUGGACGACGAGCAAGACGACGACGCUCGCCUGGAAGCCGAGCGCAAGCUGGAGGAGCUGAAGCGUCGCCGCGAUGAUGCAGAGAGUGAGGAGUUCGAGAGGAUGAGGCAGAAGCAGCAGGAGGCCGAAGUUGAGCUUGAGGAGCUGAAGAAGAAGAGGGAGGACAGAAGGAAAGUGCUGGACGAGGAGGAGAAGCAGAAGAAGCAAGAGGAGGAAGACAGGAAAAACCGAGAGGAGGACGAGAAAAGGAAGAUGAAGGAGGAGAUUGAACGGAGGAGAGCAGAGGCAGCCGAGAAGAGACAGAAGGUGGAGGACAUUGUGGACGGCGAGGAUAAACCCUUUAAGUGUGUCAGCCCCCGAGGCUCCUCCCUGAAGAUCGGAGAGAGAGCAGAGUUCCUGAACAAGUCGGCACAGAAAAGCACAGUGAAGGCAGCUCAUUCUCCUGUGGUGUCCAAGAUAGACAACAGGCUGGAGCAGUACACCUCAGCUGCUCAGAGAGAGAACAAGGAGUCUCGAUCCCCUCGCUCCGGAGCGACGGAUCUGCCCAUGGUCACUGACAGCAUACGAAACAUCAAGAGCAUGUGGGAGAGAGGCAGCGUGUUCAGCUCACCCGGGGGCAGCGGGAACACGUUCAAGGAAGCAGCUGUGAUGAAGACAGGCGUGGCGGGCCGCAUCAACGACUGGCUGAAUAAAACCCCUGAGAGCGGCAAAACAUCAGGAGGAAGGCCAGCGGACCUGAAGCCUGUUGAUGUCACCAACAAGAGGAGUCUAUGGGAAAAUAAAGGUGCCUCUCCAACCAAGGUGGCAGGCAGAGGGGAGACCAAAUCAGUCGCCAACGGGAUGGGGCACUAAUGUCUUGAAGAAGCCACUAACUCUGGGGACCACGACAAUCCAAGACGCUUCCUUUGACUUUGUCUUAAGAACCAAAUAAUGACCACACGCCCAAGAGGGGACCCCAAGAGAACGGAGGGACAGGAGAGAUGCUGUCUGAGCACUGUACUGAAACAACAUCUUAUUUUUGUACGGUUGCCACAAAUAGUGCCUUUGCACAAUGAUUUUUUUUUGCUUUCUAAAAGAAACAAAAUGCUGUGAAAUUUGGACAUUUGUAAUUACUGUUACUAAUUACUUUAUACAAUCCAGCCAGGAAGAAGGAAAACUAAUUAAAUUUAGAUUUAUCUUGUUUGUACUCCACGCCAACAGUUUUGAUAAGAGACAGAAUAGAUGAGAUAAACCUUUCCACAUUCAGAAGAGAUGGGUGAAAUCAGUUCUCUCCCUCAUACAGAUCCUUUUCCAUCUCUCUUUUUUUUAUUUAUAUUUAAAGCAAAAGCUUCACACAUUGCUAUUUUAUUCAACGUUCACCAGUUCAGGAUAGAAAUAUAAGCACUUAUAGAAUUUAGCUGAUUUCACUUUUUAUUUUGUCUUACCAAUAGUGCAGCAAUGGUCUGAGUAAUAUAUGUUAGCACAUGUGAUGUUUUGAAUAUGACCUAUCAUACUGUAUCGUAUAUAACAUCUUUAUACUCAAAAACAAAAGGUAUUGUUUGCUUUUUUUUGUAUCCAGAAACUAUUCACCAACGGGCAAUUCACUUUGGAGGUGAUAGGAGUGUUGAAUAUUCAGAAGGCCAUUAUGACUUUUAUUAUCCUUUAUGUCAUUUUAUUUAUGUUUUACUGUGUUUUGUUCUUUUCUAUUUCUAGCUGUUUUUGUAGCUUUUGUACCUGUUUGAUCACUUUAAAAAUCUUCAGACAUUCCUCUCUUGAAAAGCAGGUGCUCCAGGUGCCGUCGCUGCUUGAAAGGUUUUAUAAUGUGGGAAAUCGGCAAACCACUUUUUUUUUUGCCUCAAGUCUGUGCACAUUUCUAUGCGCAGCAAUCAUUUUCUAAUUGAGGGCAUGCAAGGUAAAAUUAUGGUGCCUAAGCAUUUAGCAAGACACAAGUACAGUACAAGGAUAUUUACCACUAUGUAACUCUUCUGGCCUUAUGAUUGCAGUGACAGCUGAGGUACAGUACAUAAAAGCCUCCAAGCAACUCAGUACGAAACUAAGACUGGAUUUCAUGUUUAUUUUUCACUGACGUGGUCUUACAGCAGCGUGUUCCCUUUCAAUUGUUGUGGGGCAGAAGCUUUGACAAGCGUAUGAAUGGUUUGCCCGGGCAUUAAAUUGAUCUAUGUUACUGCUCAAAAGUCUGACAAUCACAUUCCAUGGCUCCUAAAAAGAGCAGGGGAGCUUGACCAAAAUAUUUUAAAGCGUGAUUUAAUGUGACAUUUAUGUUUGUUUUUUUUAGUACAGUGGUUUCAUAAUGCCGUAUUGUUUUUUUUCUACAACCUUGUGUCCAUUUUAUGUUUUUUAUUCUUUUAUUUCCAUGGUUAUCCAGACACUUUGUUUUUUGUGUAGCGCUAAGCCUAUGCAAAACACACUAUCUGUAGUCUCUCUGAACACUCCCAAUGUCAUACAAGUGGGCAGUUUCCAACUGGAUGGAUGUUUUAAACAUUGUACCCUUUUACUCAACAACAGCAAUAAAGACUUGAGGUAUUCCA